AUGACACCGAUGACACCUGGAAAAGGCCGUGCCGUGAAGCGCCGCUGGCCUACUGACGACAAUCCGACGGAUUCGGAAGAGGAAGAACACCGUCAAACAACAGCCGUUUGUAAGCAGUGCGGCAAUGUGAUCUGCAGGAGUGCUCCUAGUCACUUUGCUCUGCACUCGUCGACGCAUCUCUCCUUCCGAUCCUGGAAGUGUUCUGUCUGUUCCUUCACUGCGGGACUGAAAGGCGAUGUAAAGGGCCAUCUGAACAAACGACAUCAAGGAAACGGCCGGGUCAUCGAUAAUCGGACUGCUGAGUACUACGAUGCGCUCGAGGCGAAGACGAAAGCCAACUUUCCGGGUCUCUCAAAUGCCAUCGCUAAAUACAUUGGAGGACAAAAGAGGCAUUGGGAUUUCAAGAUGCAUCAGAUAAUGAAGAUGACAAUCCGCAAGACGGUCGAAAAAUCUUCGUCUGCAAGGAAUGCAGAAAUUCGAUUGACUCAACUAGUGCUCCGCUUCUGGCUCAGCACUCGGCAUCGCACCUUUCCUUCCGACCCUGGAAUUUGCGCCUCUACUAUGACUCUGAAAAGCCACCUGCAGAGGCAUCUACACGAGGUACAUCCAGGAAACGGCCGGGUCAUCGAUAACCGCACUGCCGAAUACUUCGAUGCCCUCGAGGCGAAGACGAAAGCCAACUUUCCGGCUCACUCAAAUGCCAUCGCUAAAUACAUUGGAGGACAAAAGGAGACAUUGGGAUUUCAGGAUGCGUCAGAUGAUGAAGACGACAAUCCGCAAGACGGUCGAAAAAUCGCCGUCUGCAAGGAAUGCAGUAAUGCGAUCCACUGCGAUGCACCUUCCCAUCUCACUUUGCACUCGUCGACACACCUCUCCUUCCGACCCUGGAAGUGUUCAGUUUGCACCUAUACUAUGAAUCGGAAAAAGAACCUGCAAAGGCAUCUGAACGCGCAACAUCAAGGAAAUGGCUGGGUCAUCGAUAAUCGCACUGCUGAGUACUACGAUGCCCUCAAAGCAAAGGCCCAAGCCAAUUUUCCUGAUCGCGCAAGGGCUAUCGCCAAGUUCAUUGGAGAACAAAGGCACGUAUCGGGAAUUCAGGCUCGACCGGAUAACGAGGACGACACUCCAGAAGACAACCCACCAAUUCAGUGCAGCAACGCGGUCUACCGCGAUGCACCUUGCAAGCUCGCUCGGCACUCGUCGACUCACCUCUCCUUCCGACCCUGGAAGUGUUCUGUUUGCGACUUCACUAUGGCUCGGAAAGACCCCCUGCAACAGCACCUGAAGGAGCAACAUCAAGGAGAUGGUCGGGCCAUCGAUAAUCGCACUGCCGAAUACUACGAUGCACUCGAGGCGAAGACGAAAGCCAACUUUCCAGAUCUCUCAAGUGCCAUCGCUAAAUACAUUGGUGAACAAAAGAAGAGAUUGGGAUUUCAAGAUGCAUCAGAUCAUGAAGAUGACAAUCCGCAGGACGGUCGUAAAAUUUCCAACUGCAAGGUGGAAUGCAGACAUUCGAUUGUCUCAACUACUACCUGGUUUCUGGCUCAGCACUCGCUGACACACCUCGCCUUCCGACCCUGGAAGUGUUCUGUUUGUACCUUUACUGCGAGACUGAAAGGUGAUGUUAAGAGCCAUCUGAAGACCCAACACCAAGGAACCGGCCAGGUCAUCGAUAAUCGCACUGCUGAGUACUACGAUGCGCUUGAGUCGAAGAUGAAAGCCAACUUUCCGGCUCACUCAAGCGCCAUCGCUAAAUACAUUGGAAGACAAAUGAAGACAUUGGGAUUUCAAGAUGCAUCUGAUCAUGAGGAUGACAAUGCGCAAACCCGUCGAAAAAUCUUCAGCUGCAAGGAAUGCAGACAUUCGAUUGUCGCGACUAGGACUCGGCAUCUGGCGCAGCACUCGGUUGCGCACCUCGCCUUCCGACCCUGGAAGUGUUCUGUUUGCGACUUCACUAUGGCUCGGAAAGGCGAUCUGCAUAAGCAUCUGAACGAGCAACAUCAAGGAAAUGGCUGGGUAAUCGAUAAUCGCACUGCUGAAUACUACGAUGCCCUCAAAGCACUGACGCAGACCAACUUUCCUGGCCGCGCAAAGGCUAUCGCGAAGCACAUUGGAUGGCAAAGGCACGUGUCGAGAAUUCAGGAUGGAUCCGAUGACGAGGAUGACACUCUGGAAGACAACCCACCAAUCGUUCAUCUCCCAGCCCCUGGCGACAAAAGUCUCGAUAUUCGCCAAAAUGUGCAGACUAGGCCGGAAGCUGUAUCCUCAAAGGCUGGUACGAUCAAGCAAGAAGUGGUGCCAGACACUGUUCCACCACGAUCCAAAGAGAAAUCGACUCAUCGAACGAUGGUCAAUACUCAACGCGAAGUUAAGCAAGAGCCACUAGAUGUCGAAAAUUAUUCAUUUGAUUUUGAUGUCGUAUUCGACGGAAGUGAGGCGGAUGCUGAUGCUGAUGCUCAUGCUCCAAUCCGCCACCACAACGAGCAAAAUGUCCGGAACGGUGACAAAGACCAAUCAUCCUCGCCUACCCUUCAUCCAAUCGUUGUCAAACAAGAACUUCUAGAUGAAAAUCCAACCGAAGAGCCGAGAAGGAUCGAUAAGAAGGAGAAGAAGAAGAAGAAGCCCGUGCCCCAAAUCGACACUGACCACAGCAUCGACAAGCGCUUCGAAGAGACCAUUAUGACAAUGAAGCUGGGCGGUGCGAAGAUUUCCUCCGACAUGGCCCGAAUGCGGGCUGCGAUGAGGGAGACGAAAGCUGACGUGGCUCGCCUGCAAACCAACAUGGCACUCCUGGAAACCCUCUCUGAAAGGCGGAAUGCCGAAAAUCGCCGUCUGAGGCAGGAGAACGACCGGCAAGCCGCCCAGCUGAAGAUGCUGAUGGAAGAAAUUGCUGCGCUGAGGGAUCGAAUCCGCAAUGGC